AUGGCAAUGGAAAUGAAGUUUCUAGAUUGGUAUGUGAAAAUAUCAGCCGGUGGUGCUUUGAUUGGAGCUUCUAUGGAAUUGUUCAUGAUCAAGACUGGCUUCUAUGAUAAGGUAACUGUUCUGGAGUCAGAGAGGCGAGCCUGGGAGAGCUCCCCUGAAGCUCAGGCAAUUAGAGAAGCUCUAAACCCUUGGAGAAACCAUGAUACAGAACAAAGAAAAAUGCCUAGUCUUCAUGGCCCAGUCUUGUGGCUUUUUCUUGUGCGGGGUUCGUUUUCUUGA